AUGCUCAAGCUUGGUGCAUCAAAGCUUUCGUUGUCAACGUUCUCGUCUGAAGACCUUUGGAAGAAGACGGGAAGGCUAGAUAGUAACAGCUCCGAGGCAAGUCCGAGACCAAAUCACACAUGCUCUGUGGCUCUGCCUCGAACAUCUUUAACAUGCAGAUCACAGCUUUUCAGACUCCAAGACCGUAAGGGGGGCAAAUAUCUGUUGUCACCUACACAUGAAGAAGAGAUCACCUCUUUAGUUGGCAGUAUUGUCAAAUCUUACAAAGAGUUGCCACUUAGAUUGUACCAAAUUUCACGCAAAUAUCGAGAUGAACCACGUCCGCGCCAAGGUCUUCUCCGAACUAGGGAAUUUCUUAUGAAAGAUCUUUAUACAUUCGAUGCUACUACUGAACAAGCGCUUCAGACAUACCAGACAGUACGGGAAACCUAUAAUGCUUUCUUCAGCGAGUUCAAGAUACCUUUCUUGACGGCCAAAGCCUCUUCUGGCGAGAUUGGAGGCAAUCUCAGCCAUGAGUACCACUUUCUAUCGAAGAAGGGAGACGACAAUCUUGUCUGUUGUAGCUCUUGCGACUACGUCGCUAAUGAAGAAGUUGCGGAAAGCAGGAUCACUCGAGUUCACAGACAUCCCAAAAGCACGGACGAGGAAGGAUUCACGCCCCAAGGAAUGGAAAGCUCUAGCUGGAAGCAGUGGAACCCCGAAUCUCAGGCAGAUGAUAAGGAGAACCAAUGGCUUGGUAUCAGCCAGGAUCGCAGCACCCUAGUAUACGCGUCCCUACCACAGGAGGUCGAAAUCCGAGCAGUAGCUGGUAAACGGUACCGGAAGGCUGAGAUCAACCCCUACGCAAUGAAAAGGGUAUUUCCGGAGCUCGAUCUAGGCGUCGAAGACCCGUUGGCAGUUUUCAACGCUGAACGAAUUCUCGGUACCACUAAAGACAAAAACCGAAAAGAAGCUCGCGUCUUACGAGUGGUUGACAUGCGAUAUUUUUUGCAGCAACCUCCCCCGGUUUGCCUCAAUCCACCUUCAACUCUUAUUGGAGGCGUGGAAGUUCCUGUGCAGGACUGGUGUGCUGAAGCAGACAAGGUGGUCGAUCUUGUCAGAAUUGAUACUGGCGACCUCUGCCCAAAUUGUGACGAUGGCAGUCUGAAAGUUGAAAGUGCUGUAGAGCUUGGCCAUACGUUCCAUCUUGGUACCCGAUACAGCGCACCUUUGGAAGCUACGAUCGAUGCAGAUCUUUCACAGAAAGACCGACAGCGGGAAGUCUCCAAUAUCCCAGGUCAAUCUGUCACGGUACAGAUGGGCUGCCAUGGGAUUGGUGUCUCCCGCUUAAUCGCAGCAGUAGCCGACUCCCUCGCAGAUUCCAAAGGCCUCAAUUGGCCACGAGUCAUGGCACCUUUCGAAACAAUUAUCAUCCCAACCAAAGGCUCGGAGAGCGAAAGUGCUGAUGUCUACGAUCUGCUCACUACUAACAAGGGCCAAUGUUCCCAGGAACCAAUUGACGCUAUCUUGGAUGAUCGGAAGAGAGACUUUGGCUGGAAGAUCAAGGAUGCGGAUAUGAUCGGCUAUCCUAUAAUCGUCAUUCUAGGCAGAGACUGGAAGAGAGAAGGAAAAUUCUCUGUAUUGAAGGAGUUCGUAAGUGGCGAUGUCCCACAAGUAUGUCCAACUACUGGCCAACAAGAACAGCCUAAUACUCUUUUCAAGUGGACGUUGGCCUCGGGCUUGUCCUUCUUUGAAUUCAUAGGCGUGAUCUCAUGUCCCUCUUUCAAGGAGAAACUCCAGGACUAUGUUUGA